GCGUUCUGUGCGCAUGCGCACUUUUCCAUUAGUGGUCGUCAGGGAGAUUUAUUCAGCAGCAGAUGCGAGCGGGACUGUAUGUGUGCAAAGUGUGCGUGAAUACGCAAAAACCACACAUAAACACACAUAAACACACAUAAAACUCCUUACUUGUGACCUGUAAUUCUGUGCACUGCUGUGUUGUGGAAUACUGAAGAAUGACAAAUUAAACCCAAUUGCAUGAAACUAAAGGAAUUCAGUGUGUUCUAACCGACACCCCAUAAAGGAAAGCUAAUUUAAAACUUCACCUUACAUAGAGAAGAACCUUUUUCAGUCCUGCUAUCGAACAAAUGGUCCUUCGAGCCGGAUAUGGCAUUUCUUAUGGACAAAGAAUUCAUUAGUAGCAACAUGCAACUAGAAGAUAAGUCUGCUCAGAUAGUAAGACCCAAACGUCAGGUCAAUCUUCCUACCUACCUUCAAGACUUUGAUCUCACGACUGGGCGUCGUAGAACAGUAAACCAGCCAGUAUUUCCUCACACAACACAGCAUGCACAAGGGUUUGGAGAGGCUGCGAACAAUGUCUCUUCACAUUCGACCAGAGGAUCAAGUCCUAUAAGUCAAGUUCCAUGGGAGACAGUGGAUGACUGGUCUGUCCAUUCCGAAGGAGAACUUCCUGUUCCAGAUGUGGGUGACACUGAACAGCAUCAUCCUAGUCCUACUUAUGCUUCAGUGCCGCCUGUUUACCCUCCUCAGUUUUCUCCUUAUCACAGACCAUGGGAAGAACAGCAGUCUACUCCGCUGCCACAGACCUUCCAUGCUAAUCAGCAUAGGCUAUCCCUGCAUCGUGAAGCUGUACCUUACCAUCCAGAGUCUACAUUGUAUUCUACAGUGCCUCGUCCAACGUAUGGGCAACAGCACCAGAUGAGCAGCAUAACAGCACCCACUGUGAAGCCAUACCACCCCCCCUUUAGUUCUACGGGUGGCCUUUCUUUCAGUCAUAAUCAGCAGUCUGCUUAUCUAAGUCCGCCCAACCCAGCAGAUGAAAGAACAGUGGAUCAUCGAAGUGACUCUGGAAUGAUAGACCUCAUUGGAAAGAUGAUUGGUGAACUUAACGUAAUGAAAGAUCAUAUCUUGGCUGAUACAUCUCAUAAAUCAUAUGUUCAUUCUGCUCAAUAUGGUGGGCAUACUUACCAGCAUCCAUCUCUCCUGCGGCAGUCUGGAAACAUCAGUCUCACUUCUCAUCCAGUAGGAUUUCAAACUACGCCUGGUCCUUACACCACUCCUAAUCCAUACUGGCAUUCAAGAACAUCCUUAAAACCCACAAUUGAGACUUUUGAUCAUCCUAAACAGGUAUAUCAUCAGUCAAAACAUCCUACUUGGCCGCAGUCACCUCAGAAACCUCGCUGCACUACCAAUGUAAUUCCUGCCGGACAAGAGACCACAUACCGAGGUCCAACACCAACCAUACCUAACUUCUGUACUAAAGACCCUAGCGAGUUUACUCGGCUGAAGAUAGCGCUUGAUAACCUUUUACCACCAGAUGCCACUGAGUUGUUCCGGUACCAAAUCCUGUUAGAUCAUCUAAAGUUAGAUGAAGCACGUCUGGUGGCAGAUUCCUACCUCAAUUCUCCAUUUCCGUACUCUGAUACCAUGGCUGCUCUGAAUGAAAGGUUUGGCCAGCCGCACAAAUUGGCUCUCAAGAAAAUCGCCAAAGUGAUGGACUCCCCAGAUAUCCGACGUGGAGAUACUGAGGCCUUUGAUAAGUUCGCUCUGCAAAUAAGGGCUCUUGUUGGUAUGUUGGAGACUCUUGGAGAUGAAGGCGAAGCAGAACUUCGAUGUGGGUCACAUGUCGAGAGACUGUUGAGUAAGUUACCUGCAGAAAUGAGAUCAGGAUUUCGUAGACAGAUGUACCACCGCCCUGGGUCUGUGUAUAACCUCAGUGAAUUCUCUGAAUGGCUCCAGUAUGAGGCCUGGUGUCAAAGCAGCGAGUCGCAGAUCAGUUAUAAGAGCCAAAGAACAGAACAGAGAUCAGAACGCAGGCGAGAAUCCAAACCUACUGCCCGUUCAGCCACCAUACUUCAUGGAGCAGAUGACACUGUCACUCCAGCACCGGCCCAAAUCAAACAAGUUAAAGUGGAGAAGCUCAAAGCCCCAACUAAAGCCUUCUGCCCUUUCUGUGAUAAAGAUGAUCAUUAUCUCAGUCAGUGUGCUACCUUUAAGUCUUUUGAUAAACAGCAAAUGAUUGACUGGAUCCGAACGAACCAUCGCUGCUGGCGUUGUGGACGUGGACACCAGGCAGCUCAGUGUACCCUCAAGAAGCCUUGUAGCAUAUGUAAUGGGAAACACUUGCAAAUCUUGCAUGAAGUUAACACAAAGAGUACAGGUGAGGGUUCCUGUCUGGUUAGCUCAACCGCUGAGACCUUGUACUUGGAUAGACCCACUGACAACAGACGUGUUCUCCUAAAGGUCAUAAAUGUUCUGCUGCGCUAUGGAGGCAAGACACUUAACACUUACGCUGUCAUGGAUGAUGGGUCCGAGCGCACUAUUCUCCUUCCUGAUGCUGCCCGUGAGCUGGACAUACAAGGCCAAGCUGAAAACAUAGCAUUGCGGACCAUCCGACAAGAGGUGAAAACCAUCAGUGGUACUUCAGUUAACUUCCACAUAUCACCUGCCACUCAACCACAGAAGACCUUCAAGAUUAAUGCAGCAUUUACUGCAAAAACCCUUGGUCUGGCUGAUCACUCGUAUCCCGUGAGUUUGCUGGAGAAAUAUAAGUACCUUAAAGACAUCCCUCUGCAGACCUUUGAAAGAGUGAGUCCUUUACUUCUAAUCGGGGCUGAUAAUACUCACCUUAUCACACCGAUCGCACCUGUCCGAAUUGGUACGCCUGAUGGUCCAGCAGCUAUAAAGACAAAGCUUGGAUGGACACUCCAGGGACCUGCCAAGAUCCUGGAGAACCAAUUACAGCCACAACAGUGCCUUUUCCUGUCUCUGAUCCCUGCCGAAGUCCAACUCAGAAGAGAUGUUGAAAGAUUAUGGCAGCUUGAUGUUUUACCUUUCCGCUGUGAAAAGCAGGUGACAAGGUCCAGAGAGGACCAAGAAGCCAUAAAUCUUCUAGAGACCAAGACAACACGUGUGGAGGUGAAUGGAAUCCUACGUUAUGCAACACCCUUAUUGCGCAGAAAGGAUUCACCCUUCUUUUGUGCCCCCAAAGAGGCUGUGGUGCCAAGUCUCCGGAGUAUGGAACGCCGACUAGCUCAAAAUCCAGUGAAAGCAGCUGUGUACAAUGCUGAGGUUGAGAAGUUAGUACAGAAUGGCGCAGUUACAAAACUCACACCUGCUGAAAACAGUAUGACGGGGGAGACCUGGUAUAUCCCACACCAUCUGGUAAACCACAAUGACAAGGAUCGUAUUGUGUUCAAUUGCUCUUUCCGAUACAAGGGACUGAACCUUAACGAUUCUUUGAUGCCUGGUCCAACCUUAAGCCCCUCACUCCUGGGUGUUUUACUGCGUUUCAGGGAGCACUGUGUAGCCAUUAGUGGCGAUAUACGUGGAAUGUUCCACCAAGUCCUACUCCUACCUGAGGAUAAGCCCCUCCUGCGUUUUCUGUGGCGUGACAUGAGACGAGACAACCCACCUGACGUUUAUGAAUGGCAAGUACUGCCAUUUGGAACUACGUGCAGUCCCUGCUGUGCAUCCUUUGCCCUCCAAAGACAUGUUUCAUCGCACAGUACACCAGAAGAAGAUGUGAGGCAUUCUGUUGACCACUGUUUCUAUGUGGAUAACUGUCUGCAGAGCUUUCCAUCUGCUCAAGAAGCACGGCAGUUACUGGACAAACUUCGGGAGCUGUUAGCAUCUGGAGGAUUUGAUAUCCGUCAGUGGGCCAGCAAUGUGCCAGAGGUUAUCAGUCAUUUGCCAUCAGAAGCCAGAUCAUCCAAGCUAGAGCUGUGGCUCUCACAUGACAAAUCUGACCCACAUGAAUCCACCCUGGGACUGAAUUGGAACUGUGAGUUAGACCAGCUAUGUUACAAGCACAGACCUGUCACUUACAAUGCUUUGACGAUGCGGAACAUAUAUCGUGUGUUAGCAAGUCAAUAUGACCCCCUUGGUGCCAUUCUUCCUUUCACAACACGGGCUAAGGUCAUUGUUCAACAGCUCUGGGCUAAGAAUAGGAACUGGGACGAUUCACAACUUCCUGAGGAGCUUCAGAAGGCUUGGAAAGUGUGGGAAGCUGAGCUUCAAUACCUGCCUCAUGUAACACUACCGAGAAGCUAUACGCCAGCCAGCAUGGAUAACCCUGAAGUCAAUCGGGAAAUCCAUAUCUUCACUGAUGCUUCUGAGAAAGCUUACGGAGCAGUAGCGUAUCUUCGCUCAGAGGAUCCAUGUGGAAGUAUUCAUCUUUCCUUCCUUCUGGCCCGAUCACGUGUAGCUCCACGUAAGCAGUGUUCAAUUCCCAGGCUUGAGUUGUGUGCCGCUCUUAUAGGAGCUCAGCUGGCUAAGCUGACUGAAAAUGAACUCACCUUGAAGAUUCAGAAGGUCACUUUCUGGACAGAUUCAACAACUGUCCUCCAUUGGUUACAUUCUGAAUCCUGCCGCUUCAAGGUGUUUGUGGGCACUAGGGUGGCAGAGAUUCAAGAACUAACUGACCUUAAAGGAUGGCAUUACGUUGACUCUGCCAGGAACCCUGCGGAUGAUCUUACCCGUGGUAAGAACCUGAAAGAACUUACUGAGCCUAAUCGGUGGACCCAUGGACCUGAAUUCCUCCUCCAACCUCAGAGUAAUUGGCCAUCACCCCCAAUAACCCACAGUCCAGUACCUGAGGAUACCACAGAAUUAAAGCACAGUGUAUUCUGUGGCAUUAACAACUCAGCACCAACAACAGCAGAUGGUAGUAAGUUUAGCAGCUGGAAGGACUUAGUCAAAACAGUUGCAGAAGAGCUGCACGGGGCGGCAAAUCCAAAGGAUUCUCCUUCAGCGAAUACUUACCAAACAGCAGAGCUGACUGCAAUUAGAAGGGCCCAAAUGGACAGCUUUCCAGAGGACUAUCAGCUAAUAAAAGCCGGUAAGCCUGUUCCUACCAACAGCCGUCUACUUUGCCUUUCCCCAGAAUUUGAUCUAGACAACGAUCUAAUACGAGUAGGGGGACGUUUGAGACGCAUAGAAGGCAUUGAUCCAAGCACAGUACACCCUAUUGUGUUGGAUUCCCAUCACCCUUACACUCAGCUACUUAUCAAAGACUAUGAUACUCGCCUUUGUCAUCCGGGACCGGAACGAGUCUUUGCUGAACUUCGCCGGAAGGUGUGGAUCUUAAAGGGCAGAGAAGCUGUAAGGAAACACCAAAGAACCUGCCACGAAUGCUGCAAAUGGAGGUCAAAGCCUGCCUCCCAGAAAAUGGCUGAUCUCCCUCCACCAAGGCUCCGUUUGUUCAAGCCUGCCUUCCAUUCAACUGGAAUGGACUGUUUUGGACCUUUCUCUGUCAAGGUGGGACGUCGGACAGAAAAACGAUGGGGGCUUCUAUUUAAGUGUAUGACCACUCGGGCUGUGCACCUUGAGGUUCUAACAUCAAUGGACACUGAUGCCUUUCUCAUGGCACUGCGACGGUUCAUAGGACGUCGUGGAAAACCGGCAGAGUUGUACUCAGACCAAGGCACCAACUUCCGAGGGGGUAACACAGAGCUUAAAGAAGCCUUCAGUCAGCUCAGUGAUGAUUUACAGCAGCAGUUGGCACAGCAGCAGAUCAGCUUCCAUUUUAACCCUCCAUCUGCUCCACACUUCGGAGGAGUGUGGGAACGAGAGAUUCGUUCGGUUAAAGCUGCACUUUAUACAACUCUGGGAUCAGAAAUGGUGUCUGAAGAAGUACUUCGAACUGUCCUCAUUGAAAUAGAGGCCAUCCUGAACUCCAAACCACUUGGGUAUGUUUCAGCAGACAUCGCUGAUGUAGAUCCAGUCACCCCAAACUACCUUCUGAUGGGGCGGCCAGAUAGUUCCCUUCCCCAAGUCACAUAUCCAGUGUCUGAGCUCCUGGGAAGACGGAGAUGGAGACAUUCCCAAGUAUUGUCUGAUAGGUUCUGGACAGCCUUUAUAAAGUACUAUUUGCCCGAACUGCAAGCCAGAAGAAAGUGGCAUAAUUCAGCAACAGACAUUCAACCUGGAAUGGUGGUUAUGGUCGUUGACCCUCAGUUACCCCGUUCAUUCUGGCAGAUCGGGAAAGUAGUACGGGUCUUUCCCGGAGCUGAUGGUCGAGUGCGUACAGCUGAGGUACAGAUAAAGGACAGAGUCUAUGCAAGACCCAUUGCUCGCCUAAUUGUUCUGCCAGAGAUUCAGGAUGAAGAGGAUGAUAACCACACUGGAAAUUAAUGGUAGUACAUAUGGUGUCAGCCUUUCAAUGGUGCAAAUUUGAAACCAAAUUUGGGGGCGGCUGUGUUAGAAAGGCUGCGUUCUGUGCGCAUGCGCACUUUUCCAUUAGUGGUCGUCAGGGAGAUUUAUUCAGCAGCAGAUGCGAGCGGGACUGUAUGUGUGCAAAGUGUGCGUGAAUACGCAAAAGUAAGUUAUCUGUCUUUUCAGUAGAUAAUCAAUGUUAGUUCAGGAGUUUGUAAAGUAUUCAUUCAAUGUUAUUCUGUAUCUGAAAUAUAAGUAUUAGUUGUUAUUUAAGCUGUUUGUCGCGGGCUUUUGACAAUAUGUAAAUGUGCCAAUUAUGUUCAGUAUUACUUGCUAUU